AUGUCCAUUCGAGAGUCUGACAGGGCUGAUGCCAUCCGUACAACACUCAGCGAAGGUGAUGAUACGAACAACGUACAUGAAAUACACAGUGAGAGCAAUACUACCACAGAUCAACUCCACAGACAACAAGGGAUAGGUAAAACGACAUUCCGAUCAAGGAAUGCAUAUGAUUCGGCGCCUACAUCUGACGGAGCUUAUGCUGCUGAGACAGAAUUUGAUACAUGUGUGGAUGCUGCUUUGGCAUCGGCCGUGCGAUCGCGUGCACGCACGAUUGGCGGG